AUGGCCGACCAGUCGGACAAGUUGCUCGCGAUGCGGAUCGUGCUCGAGGUCGAUGGCAUGAUGUGCAUGAAGAACUGCGGGACGACGGUCCAGAACGCGCUCCGGAGCGUCGAUGGCGUCGAGGCCGCGGUCGUCAACUACGACGAGCACAUUGCGGUGGUCACCAUGGCACCGAAUGCGUCGCCCGACGACCUUGUCGAGAUGCUGGACAUGGUUGGCUUUGAAGCCGCGAUCCGCGACGAGACGCCGCUGCCACGCAACGUCAUUCGCCUUGGCAUCGAUGGCAUGAUGUGCAUGAAGAACUGCGGCACGACGGUCCAGAAUGCUCUGUCUGCGACCAUCGGCGUCGAGUCGGCGGUCGUCGACUACCCCAAGGCCAUGGCCACGAUCACGCUCUAUCCCGAUCACAUUGAACACGUGACGGUGCAAGACCUCAUUGACGAGGUCGAGUGCGUCGGCUUUGACGCGUACAUGUUCAACCACGGCGAGCGCUGCCGGCGACGCCUUGCGGCGAUGGCCAAGACCGAUGCUUCGCACACUGGCGACGACGUUGCUGUCGCCAUUGAAGGCGACGCGUCCCAUCCGCACGCGAUCUUUUCGAUUGAAGGCAUGAGCUGCGCGGCGUGUGUCAAGGGCAUCGAAGGCGCGCUGCGUCAUGAAGCCGGGAUCAUUGACAUUCGCGUCGGGCUCAUCUCCGCCAAGGCCGAGGUCGUCUUUGACCGGAGCAUCAUUGCCGACGAGCGUGUUACGAUUGGCAACUAUAUCCGCAACGCGGGGUACACACCGACGUACAUCAACACGCUCGACGCCGACGACGACUCAAUGUCGUUCAAGUACGCAGUCGCUGGCGUCACGGGCGCGACCGAUGCGAUCAAGAUCGAGUCCUCGGUCAAGGCGCUCGUCGGUGUCGUGAGUGUCACCGUCGACGUCGAGCAGCAGAUUGCGACCGUGCAUUUGCAGCAGAUGGCGGCGACGGGCCCCCGAGACGUGCUCGAGGCGAUCACCAAAUCUGGCUUUGCCGCGACGAUCAUGACGCAAGCGUCGGGUCCGAGUGGUGUCUCGGAAGACCAAAAAUGGCUGCGGCUGCUCUUGAUCUGCCUCGUCUUUUCGGGCCCGGCGAUGGUCGUGCACAUGGUGCUCGGCAACAUCCCGUCGUGCCGCAUGUGGCUCAUGCAACCAGUCGUCAAUGGCCUCACGCGCAUGUGUCUGAUUAUGUUUUUGCUCGCGACGCCGGUCCAGUUUGGCAUUGGCGCGCGCUUUUACAAGGCCGCGUAUAAGGGCCUGCAGCAUGGCAUGAUGGGCAUGGACUUUCUCAUCGUCGUCGGCACGACCGCCUCGUACCUCUACAGCUUCAUCUCGAUGGUCGGCUGCACGCUGCUGCCGCACUACCGCGGCCACUACUUUUUCGAGUCGUCGACGAUGCUCAUCUCGUUUAUCACGAUUGGCAAGUACCUCGAGUCGCGCGCCAAGAAGGACACGGCGACGUCUCUGAGCACCUUGCUGAGCCUCCAGGCCAAGACGGCGGUGCUCAUCACGCGUGACGGCGACGUGUCGAUACCGAUUGAGCUCGUCCAGCGCGGCGACCGCCUCCGACUGCUGCCCGGCGCCCGCGUGCCCACGGACGGUGUCUCGAUGCUCACGGGCGAGUCGAUGCCGGUGGCGAAGGCGGCUGGCGACGCUGUCUUUGGCUCGACCAUCAACCAAGCAGGCGUCUUGGUGAUCGAGUCCAACUGCGUCGGCGGCCAAAACACGCUGUCGCAGAUUUGCGCGCUCAUUGAGAAUGCGCAGUUGGACAAGGCGCCGAUCCAAGCGGUGGCCGACAAGUUUGCCGCGCGGUUUGCUCCGACCGUCCUCUGCAUUGCCACGAUUACGUUUCUCGGCUGGUACACGAGCCUCUCGAUGGACUGGGUCGCAGCGAUCGACCGUGACGCGCUGCACUUGACUGAUGGCGACCACAGCGACGACCUCUUUGUGGCGAUUCUCUUUUGCAUCUCGACGGUCGUCAUCUCGUGCCCGUGUGCGCUCGGCCUCGCGACGCCCACGGCGGUCUCGGUCGGCACGGGCGUCGGCUCCAAGUACGGCGUGCUCAUCAAGGGCGGCCGCGCGCUCGAGACGGCCCACGCGGUGGAUACCAUCGUCUUUGACAAGACGGGGACGCUCACGGAGGGCCGGCCGGUCGUGACGGAUAUCACGGUGCCCAAGGACGGCGCCAUCUCGGCCACCGAUGUCUUGUACUAUGCGGCGUGCGUCGAGAUGCAGUCGGAGCACGUGCUCGGCAAGGCCAUUGUCGUCGAGGCGACCGAGGCGCACAAGAUGUCGCUCGAGGAGCCGUCGGCGUUUCACGUGGUGCCGGGCCGCGGCCUCCAAGCGCUCGUGCCGUCGCUGCACGCGCCGCAACAAGCGAUUCAAGUCGCGAUUGGCAACCCCGAGUGGAUGGAAGAGCGCGAGAUUCCGCUGCCGGCGCUCCUCGAAGCCGACAUGCACCGGCUCGAAAACGAAGGCAAGACGGUCGUCUGCGUCGCGCUCGACAAUGUGUUUGCGGGAACGAUUGCGAUGGCCGACGUCGCGCGCCCCGAAGCCGCCGCGACGAUCGAGUGCCUCAAGCGCAUGGGCCUCGACAUUUGGCUCGUCACGGGCGACAACCUCCGGACCGCGACGGCCGUUGCGAGUGCGCUGGGCAUCAACCACGUCAAGGCGAUUGCGCUGCCCGGCCAAAAGGUCGAGCAGAUCAAGCGGCUGCAGGCGACGACCAACCCGCUCACGAACAAGAAGCGCGUGGUGGCGAUGGUGGGCGACGGGAUCAAUGACGCGCCGGCGCUGGCACAGGCCGACGUGGGCCUCGCGAUUGGCGCGGGCACGGAGAUUGCGCUCGCGCAGGCCGACAUGGUGCUCAUCAAAUCGCACCUCGCCGACGUGGUCACGGCACUCGACCUCUCGCGCAAAACGUUUUGGCGCAUCAAGUUUAACCUCUUUGCCUCGGUCAUUUACAACCUCGUGUCGAUCCCGCUGGCGGCCGGCGUCUUUCUGCGCUUCUUCCACAACCCGCUGCCGCCGGCCUGCGCCGGUAUCAUGAUGGCGCUCUCGUCCAUCUCGGUCAUUGUCUCAUCGCUCCACCUCAAGCUGUACCGACCGCCGACCUGGGCGACGCACGAGAAGGACCUCAAGCCCAUGGGCAUGACGUCGACGACGCACAAGGUUGUGCUCGAGAAGCCGCGCCGACGCUCGCCGAGCUACGAACGCGUUAGCGUCCAAGAGAACAUGGUCUAA